AGUUUCUACCAAGUGCGUUUCUCAAAAUAUGUUUUCGUUUUUAAAAUUAUUAUUUUUUGCUCUUGGUCCCUUUUUUUGGCGUUGAUUCGUUGUUUUAUUGUGCCUUGAUCUGUUGUUUUUCGUGGUCUCUGUUUGGUUGUUGUGGUUAAAAAGAAAACGCUGAGUAAAAUAAAAUAAAGGCAAACGAAAAAAAAAGUGCCCGAACUUUGUCACUAGCUCGUAUUAGCAUCAGCGAGGCGUUUUUUUUUUUUUUUUUUGUUCAUUCUCUUUCCCAAAGUAAGUAAUCGGGAAAUAAUAUUAUUUUUCAAUGUUUACCCAUUUUUCUUGAUAUCGAUCUUGGUCUUCUGGGCUAAAUCAGUUGCAGCUAAGUUGUAGAGAUAGAAAGAUUGUGCAUCAGAAGGAAAAACUUUACAAAAAUCUGUUGGUCAAUGGAUUGGAGUCAUUGGACGAUUGAAUAGGGGUUGGUGAAGCACGAAAGAGGAGAUGAAAGGGGAGUCAUCUGGUUUGAUCAUUGGGAUUUCCAUAGGGGUGGUGAUUGGAGUGCUUUUGGCUAUUUUAGCACUGUUUUGUAUUAGGUACCACAGGAAGUGCUCUCAAAUAGGGAAUAGCAGUUCUCGUAGGGCAGCGACCAUCCCUAUCCGUACAAAUGGUGCCGAUGCUUGUACCAUAUUAUCUGACUCAACCGUUGGUCCGGACUCACCUGUAAAGUCUGCACGUAAUGGCAUGUCCCUUUGGUUUGACGGAUUUAGGAGGAGUAAUGUGGUCUCUGCAUCUGGAAUACUCGAGUAUUCUUACAAGGAUCUGCAGAAAGCAACCUAUAAUUUUACAACUUUGAUAGGACAAGGUGCAUUUGGUCCUGUUUACAGGGCUCAGAUGUCCACUGGUGAGACCGUUGCCGUUAAGGUUCUUGCAACUGAUUCUAAGCAAGGGGAGAAAGAGUUUCAUACAGAGGUAAUGUUAUUGGGAAGGUUACAUCACAGAAACCUUGUAAAUUUGAUUGGAUAUUGUGCGGAAAAAGGCCAGCAUAUGCUCAUAUAUGUCUAUAUGAGCAAAGGCAGCUUGGCUUCUCAUCUAUACAGUGAAAAUAAUGAGCCAUUGAGCUGGGAUGUAAGGGUUCAUAUAGCUUUAGAUGUUGCAAGGGGCUUGGAGUAUCUUCAUGAUGGGGCAGUUCCUCCCGUAAUACACCGCGAUAUUAAAUCUUCCAAUAUUCUGUUGGACCAGGCCAUGAGAGCCAGGGUUGCUGAUUUUGGGCUUUCAAGAGAAGAGAUGGUGGACAGACAGGCAGUUAAUAUACGGGGUACUUUUGGGUAUCUAGAUCCUGAGUAUAUAUCUACGAAGGCUUUCACGAAGAAAAGUGAUGUUUACAGCUUUGGAGUCUUGCUCUUUGAACUUAUAGCCGGCAGAAAUCCUCAACAGGGUCUCAUGGAAUAUGUUGAGCUUGCAGCCAUGAAUACUGAAGGAAAAGUUGGGUGGGAGGAAAUUGUGGAUUCUCGUCUUGAAGGGAAAUUUGAUGUGCAAGAGCUCAACGAAGUGGCUGCUCUUGCAUACAAAUGCAUCAACCGUAUCCCAAGAAAGCGGCCUUCCAUGAGGGACAUCGUGCAAGUGUUGUCACGGAUCCUUAAGUUGAGAUACAACAGAAACCAUCACAAAAAGUCGUUAUCUGCCACAGCAGAGGAAGUUACUAUCGAUGUCGACCAAUCAGAAACUAAGACUCAAGUCCCGGAACACAGAAGGGAUGAAUCAAUGGAUAGCAGCACAGCUGACACCUAUGAAACAUAGAUGAUGGUUUUUUCAUUUGUUCAUUUGUUUUGUUUCUCGGUUUCUCGGUUUUGCUUUCUCCUGUAUAUGGCAUUUGCAGUGUGGAAGGAGUUUUCAAGGCUAGCAGAUCUUCUGUUGUAGUUACGAUUUCUGAUCGAGUGCCUUAAGGAUUCGAGUCAGUGCAUAGUUCAGUCCUCUCUCUUUUUCCUUUUCACCUUUUAUUUUUAUUUUCUUUCGCUUUGGUAAUGUCACCUAUCUUUUUGUCUGUAAAUUAAAUAGUUAAGAAAUGAAAACGAAAGAAAAAUCACCA